AUGCAGCGACUUCAGUUCUCCACCCUGACAUCCCUACCCUCCUCGGUCUCCGAGGAGACCCUCGUCGAGAAGCUUCACGAUCAUGGAGCGAUGAUCGAACAGAACCCACUGGUGAUCCACUACGAGCGGUGCCAAGCGCCAGCAGAUGCGCCGCCCGACGAGGCCCUUCGCAGCUGGUAUGAGUUGACGGACCGGAUUGUUUACAUCCCUGGCCUGCUCCAGGGGAAGAUUCGGUAUCGCGCCAGCUUCGAAAACACCCCGCAGGGCCUCAAAACCCACACUUAUGCCCCGUUGGGCGUUGAUAUCCGGACCGAAUGGACUGUUGCCGGGCUCCCGUCCGGUGAACCACAAGAUAAGCAAGGAUUAAAUCUGCGCGAAGGAACUGAUUUGCGGUGCCCAUUUGGAACGGGGUUUUUUGUGCGCAAAAACAUCGAGCAAUCUCACUGUACUCUAGUGGCGCGCUUAGCCAAGUGA